GAACGUCUCUCUCUCUCUCUCUCUCUCUGACAGUUCUUUCUGUCUCUCUCUCUGCUCGAUGCGAAGAAUCGAGCAUUUGUGUCGCUCUCUGGAACGUGUGUCUUCAUCGGGAAUAUAACCAUAAUCUCCACGAGCUGCUUGAAUGCGUACCCUUCGUUCCCUAAUGUUGGCGGCGGCUCUAGCAGUGGCUUUGGCCGUGACUGGUUUUGCAGCAUCGCCGUUACCUUCGGCCUAUGCGAAAUACGCAGCUGGUCCGACCAAGAUUCUUCCUUUACAAAGGGCUUUUCCUCUAGACGAGCUAGUGGAGCUGAGUGAACUUAGAGCGCGUGAUCGUGUCAGACACGCGCGAAUCUUACUCGGCGGUGGUCGUCAGAGCUCUGUUGGCGGCGUCGUCGACUUCCCAGUUCAAGGCUCUUCCGAUCCUUACCUCGUCGGCUCCAAGAUGACUAUGUAUGUCACAUUUGCACACACACUCUGUUAUUGGAGUUCUAAUGGAAUUUAUUAUCUUCUCUUUUGUGAUAUGUAGCUGUAUUUUGUUUCUUGGUAGGCUUUAUUUCACAAAGGUCAAAUUAGGUUCUCCUCCUACAGAGUUCAAUGUUCAGAUUGAUACUGGAAGUGACAUCUUGUGGGUUACUUGUAGUUCUUGCAGUAAUUGCCCUCACUCUAGUGGACUUGGAAUCGACCUUCAUUUCUUUGAUGCUCCUGGUUCCUUGACUGCUGGCUCUGUUACUUGUUCAGAUCCGAUUUGUUCUUCAGUUUUUCAGACGACAGCUGCACAAUGUUCUGAGAAUAACCAGUGUGGUUACUCCUUUCGCUAUGGCGAUGGAAGUGGGACUUCAGGUUACUACAUGACUGACACCUUCUAUUUUGAUGCGAUUUUGGGAGAGUCUUUGGUUGCAAACUCAUCUGCUCCCAUUGUUUUCGGCUGUAGUACCUACCAAUCUGGGGACUUGACAAAGUCAGACAAAGCAGUGGAUGGAAUCUUUGGUUUCGGCAAGGGAAAGUUGUCAGUUGUCUCUCAGUUGUCAUCACGAGGGAUUACGCCGCCAGUGUUUUCUCAUUGCUUGAAAGGAGAUGGUAGUGGAGGUGGUGUCUUUGUCCUUGGCGAGAUAUUGGUCCCAGGAAUGGUUUACAGUCCUCUCGUUCCAUCACAACCUCACUAUAACUUAAAUCUGCUGAGCAUUGGCGUGAAUGGACAGAUGCUGCCACUCGAUGCAGCGGUGUUUGAAGCAUCAAAUACCCGUGGAACUAUUGUUGACACAGGAACCACUUUGACAUAUCUGGUGAAAGAGGCUUAUGAUCUUUUUCUCAAUGCUAUAUCAAACAGCGUGUCACAGUUGGUAACACCAAUAAUUUCUAAUGGAGAGCAGUGCUAUUUGGUCUCGACUAGCAUAAGUGACAUGUUUCCUUCAGUUAGUCUCAACUUUGCUGGUGGUGCAUCAAUGAUGUUAAGACCUCAGGACUACUUAUUUCAUUACGGUAUCUAUGAUGGUGCGUCCAUGUGGUGCAUUGGUUUUCAGAAAGCUCCGGAAGAACAAACCAUUUUAGGAGAUCUUGUGCUUAAAGAUAAAGUCUUUGUAUAUGAUCUUGCUCGACAACGGAUUGGAUGGGCAAGCUAUGAUUGUUCAAUGUCUGUGAAUGUAUCGAUAACUUCAGGAAAGGAUAUUGUAAACUCAGGGCAGCCAUGUUUGAACAUCUCAACAAGAGACAUACUCAUACGAUUAUUCUUUAGCAUCUUAUUUGGUUUACUUCUUUGUAUCUUCUUCUCCUUGACGUAAAUUGAUAGAUUAUGUGGGUUUGUUUUAGAGUAGUGUAGUAGUAGUGCCUUUUAACUGUAGAUCAGUCUCAUUGUGAAGGAAUAUGGUUACUUGUGGCCUAUAACUAUAAUAUUGCAGGCAUGAAUGAUGAAACGACAAUUACCAAAGCAAAUCAUUUUAGC